AUUUAAUUUCACCUCGAGUUUUGUAGAAAAUUAAAGCUCCUCUCUCUCUCUCUCUCUCUAUGUGCUGCUUUACCUUUUGUACCUAAACAUCACACACAAACAUACACUCUUGUUACUCGUUUCCCUUCUCCUCCUCUCUUCCCAGAAGCUGCCACUGAUAGAUAGAUAGAGAUAGAGAGAAGCCAUGGCGGGAGGUGGAGCUCCAGCACCGAAAGCAGACGAACCUCAACCACAUCCUCCUAAAGAUCAGCUUCCAAACAUCUCCUACUGCAUCACAAGCCCUCCUCCUUGGCCUGAAGCUAUUCUUCUUGGGUUUCAACAUUACCUUGUCAUGCUCGGUACAACAGUCCUCAUUCCUACUGCUCUUGUUCCCCAGAUGGGUGGUGGAUAUGAAGAGAAGGCAAAGGUGGUCCAGACCAUUCUCUUUGUUGCCGGCAUCAACACCUUGCUCCAAACAACUUUUGGGACUAGAUUGCCUGCUGUAAUCGGAGCGUCUUACACGUUUGUGCCAACCACAAUAUCCAUCAUCCUCUCGGGAAGAUUCAGUGAUACCUCCAACCCUAUAGAUCGCUUUGAGAGGAUUAUGAGAGCAACUCAAGGCGCCUUGAUCGUUGCUUCAACUCUACAGAUGAUUCUUGGUUUCAGUGGUCUCUGGCGUAAUGUUGUUAGGUUCUUAAGUCCUAUCUCAGCUGUUCCACUGGUGGGUCUAGUUGGGUUUGGUCUAUACGAGUUUGGCUUCCCAGGGGUUGCAAAGUGCAUAGAGAUUGGACUGCCUGAGCUUCUUAUUCUAGUAUUUGUUUCGCAGUACUUGCCUCAUGUGCUAAAAUCAGGGAAAAAUGUGUUUGACCGGUUUGCUGUAAUAUUCGCUGUGGUGAUUGUGUGGAUCUAUGCUCACCUUCUUACAGUUGGUGGGGCUUACAACGGUGCUGCACCAACUACACAGACAAGUUGCAGAACUGAUCGUGCUGGCAUCAUAGGUGCUGCUCCAUGGAUAAGAGUUCCAUGGCCAUUCCAGUGGGGUGCACCUUCAUUUGAUGCUGGAGAAGCUUUUGCAAUGAUGAUGGCUUCUUUUGUUGCUCUAGUUGAGUCAACUGGUGGGUUCAUAGCUGUCUCAAGAUAUGCAAGUGCAACAAUGAUGCCACCUUCUAUUCUCAGCCGUGGUAUUGGCUGGCAGGGAGUGGCUAUUCUGAUAUCAGGGCUGUUCGGUACUGGUGCUGGUUCUUCUGUCUCUAUAGAAAAUGCUGGACUGUUAGCGUUGACUAGAGUUGGUAGUAGAAGGGUUGUUCAGAUAGCUGCAGGCUUCAUGAUCUUCUUCUCUAUUCUCGGAAAAUUUGGAGCUGUGUUUGCGUCAAUCCCUGCACCUAUAAUCGCUGCUUUGUACUGUCUCUUCUUUGCAUACGUAGGAGCUGGAGGUCUGAGUUUUCUUCAGUUCUGCAACUUAAACAGCUUCAGGACCAAGUUCAUCUUAGGCUUCUCUGUCUUCCUCGGCUUGUCUAUCCCUCAGUACUUCAACGAGUACACUGCAAUCAAAGGCUAUGGUCCUGUCCACACAGGCGCUCGUUGGUUCAAUGAUAUGGUGAAUGUCCCGUUCUCCUCGGAACCUUUUGUUGCUGGUGUGGUGGCUUUCUUCUUGGACAACACAUUGCACAAGAAAGAUUCGUCGAUAAGGAAAGACAGAGGGAAGCAUUGGUGGGAUAAGUUUAGAUCUUUCAAAGGUGACACAAGAAGCGAAGAGUUCUACUCUCUUCCUUUCAAUCUCAACAAGUACUUCCCUUCUGUCUAGAAACGGAAGAGAGAGAGAGAUGAGCAAAGAGUUUACUCAGAGUUUCACCAUUGUUGCCUCUGAGUUCUUUUGUUCUGUUCCUUUCACAACUUUGGAAACUUCUAAAAAGUAUCUUGCAUUCUAUAGUCUUAUUUACAAAAUUAAUGAUCAUGGACCUUAAAGAGCAUUGUUGUUUACUCUUUCUAAUGCUUUUGACUCUGUAAAUCCAAUGGUACACAACUUUGUGAUUUUUGAUUAGUUUCUUAGUCUUUAGUUUGGUUUUCCCCUGA